CGGACAGCCGGCUCGGCCCUGCGGCGGCGUCGCCGUCAGUUACGGGUCUGGGAUCUGCUGGAGCGUUCGGUUCCGGCCCUGUUUCUCCAGACCCCCCUGAAUAGAUGGUUUGAGAUUCUCAGAUGUUCCUCAGCAGCUUCUGUACGACAGGAGCACUGAAUGCACGCUGACCUGUUGUUUAAAACUUUCUUAACCAGAAAGAAAAUGACAGGAAAAGAAUUCCGUGCCCUCUUGAUCCGAAACAAUUUCAGUACCGUGUAUGAAGACCAACUACAAAAACAUUUAAAAAAAUGUAAUUCCAGAGAGAAGCCAAAGCCGGUCUACUUUGUUCAAGAUAUUAAUGCAGGUGUAAAAGAAGUAGCAGAAAUACCAGCAAAUCAAGUAACUCUCUCUUCCCUAUCCAAAGAAGAGCUUGAGAACUUAAUUAUCAAGUUGAAAAAAGCAAGUAAUGGUCUGGAACUUGACCUUAAAGGACAAGUACUCUCUCACCAGGCUUUAGAGGAAGCCUUAAAUGACCCAAAGAACGGGGACUCUGCUUUCAAACACUUGAAACAACAGGCUUCUAUUUUAGGUAACAUGGAAAAAUUACAUUUGCUUGGUCCAGGAAGAUGUUUCGUUGAGUUUGGAGCUGGGCGAGGAAAGCUGUCUCACUGGGUUGAUAUUGCCUUACAAGAUACUGAAAAUAUUCAAUUUUUGCUUGUAGAAAGGGCAACUACCAGAUUCAAGGUGGAUGGAAAACAUAAAAAGAGAGAUUCUAUAUUUGAAAGGCUUCAAGUUGAUAUUCAGCAUUUAUGUUUAAAUAAGGUGCCUAUUUUAGAGAAGAAAAAACUACCAGUGGUAGGAAUUGGGAAACAUUUGUGUGGUGCUGCCACAGAUCUUGCUUUGAGAUGUUUGGUAGAAAGUUAUGCAACUUGCUGUAAUGAAGAAGAUGAAGAGCCUGCACCAAAACGUACAAAGAAUAAGGCAGAAGGAGCUUCUAACAGUUCAAAUGAUGAUGACAAUGAAAGGAACAAAGAAGACUUUAAGCCUGUAGCUGGAAUUGUUAUUGCGCUGUGUUGCCAUCACAAAUGUGACUGGACACAUUAUGUAGGCAGAGAGUUCUUUAGAUCAGUAGGACUUGGACCAGUAGAAUUUCAUUAUUUUCAAAGGAUGAGUAGCUGGGCCACUUGUGGCAUGAGAGGAACCAUAACCAAAGCCUCUACAAAUGAAGAAAGUGAAGAUCACACUACCAACACAGAAGAGCAUGACCAAAUAUACAGUAAAACAGGGACUGGUUCUGAUGCUCUACAAGGGCUCCUUACUGUUGAAGAGCGGAAGGAGAUAGGUUCCCUCUGUAAACUUGUGAUUGAUCACGGACGGAUCAGAUAUUUACAACAUCGAGGAUACAAGGCUGCACUACAGCACUAUACAGAUUCCUCUGUGUCCUUGGAGAAUGUCCUGUUGACAGCUGUCCCAGAGACAACGACGUGACAAGAUGCAGAUUUGGAACUGGCAGAAAAACUACAAAAUCUGUCUGGAUUGUAUAAAAAGCAGAUUUGGUGCUUACAGAAAACCAGUUUUACUCUUUCUUACCCCAAGAAAAGGUUUUAUAUUUCCCAGUUUGACUGGAAAUUAAAAAUAUGCAAAGCAGUUCUCAUUACUAGAAAAGUGAAAUCCCUAAGAAUACUUGAAACUAGUUGCAAGCCGUAUUGUUAGGAAGAAGCAUCUUUUGAUAGUUUCUACUUACAGUUAGGUUCCUUCAUCAUUAGCAGUUAUGAUAGGAGAAGCAUCAGAAGUGCGGCUUUCCACAUUUCCUGAAAGACAGUGGGUUAAAAUAAGAGAAAUUAACAUAAUUUGUUUCCAAUUAGAUGGUUAGGAUACUUUUGUAUUUCCUCCUAGGUUAUUUAAGUAUUCUUAGGUACUUAUUUCAUCAGCUCUAGGAGCAUUCAUUAAAGAAUAAAACUUAUUUUUAAACCACUUGAUGUAUUCUUGUUAAUUUAAAUAUUCAUUCAUAAAACGUGGAUAAGAAAAAAGUUAGCUUAGGGUUCUGAAGAGCAUUUUUAAGCCUUCAAGACAUGCAGAAUGGAAGAUCAAAGAAAAUGUUUUUAUAUCUUCAGUGGAUGGAAUUCUUUAAAGCUGCCACCUGCACAUCUGUUUAGAAGUGCAUAUUUUGAUCCUUUACUGAAGCCAUUAAGCAGGCAGAGAAAUUUAAUCUGUUUCCUUUGACAUUACUAGCAGCAGGGUUUUUUGACAUAGCAAUUUAGAAGUGAGAUGAAAGUGUAGGGGCUGCUUUGCUUAGGAGACUGGGUUUUUGUCAGGGAGAGACAGAAUUCUUCCCUUCCUCCUUAAAUUCAGCUUGCAGACUUUGGAAAAUACUAAUCCAGGCUUUUCAUGUGUCAUUUGUGUACGUACUCUAGUUUUUUUUUACCCAGCUUAGCCUCCCUUUGUUACAUCACUCCAGGGGGACUGGAAUUAAUAAAAAACCAUACCUGUUUUCUUCAGUGACUCCUGGAUAUACAUGUGCAUGAAUUCAAUGCCGAACAUUUCCUGUUGCUCCUCUUCUUCUGUAUUCUCACAUGGAGGGAGUGUUAUCUCUAACUCCAGUGGGUUGUCUCUGAAGUUGACAAAUCUGUCAGGUCAGUGGAGAAGGUUAUGCUUGCAUUACAUCUUGACCAGAGAGAACUUUUGAAACUGAAUUAAGAUUUAUCUGCCAAUAUUUGGAACAAGAGAAACAAUUUAUGGAUAUUUUUCCAGAUGCUAUGAGCCUUAAGUUGAAACCACCAACGCACUAGCAGAAUCAAAUAACUAAAUGAAGAAGAAUUCUUAUAAUAACUAGCUGAUAGUUGUGGGAGAAAACGUUGCAGUUCUCAUUAUUUUAUUUUAUGGGUUUCACUUUGUUGUCAGCAUAAUCCAGAUUAGAUAAGCAGAUUAGAACAAGUGUGCAAAUGUUGUGUUCUCACUGCAAGGUAAGUCCACCCAAUGUCUGUCUAUUCUUAGUCCACUCCCAUGGUUUGUUCCAUGUAUACCAUGGCUUGACCGUUUAUGAUGCUUGCCUUAGGGUAAUACUACAGUGUGCCCAUGAUAUUCUUACAGCUGUAGGAAGAAGGAGGCCAAAUAAACCCCAUAAAACAGACAUUUCCCUACUUAAGAGAAUGUCACCUCUGAGUCCUCCCUCAAACCAUUACACCCCACAAUAGCUACCAUUACCCACAAACAACUGAGACUAUACAGAUAAAGCCUACAGACCUCUCUUUACAAAUUAAAGCUUAUACAAGCUUACGUGCCCCUGAUGUGCAGAAAUGUAUUAGUCUCCUUAAACUUUGGGAGUGUAACUAUCAUAGCUUACACUCUUCAAAUGCAUUGUGCUUCUCAAAGCUUUCUUGACCAGA